AUGGAUGAUGAUUAUAUGGAUGAUCAGGAUUAUAAUUUGGAAUAUUCGGACGAUUCGGAUUCCGAGCCAGAUGUUGAUCUAGAAAAUCAGUAUUACAAUGCUAAAGCUCUUAAACAAGAAAAAGAUUACGAUGGUGCUUUACAAGGUUUUCAUAAAGUUCUCGAUUUAGAAGUUGGAAAAGGCGAAUGGGGUUUCAAAGCUUUGAAACAAAUGAUCAAAAUAACCUUUGCAUUGAAUUCAUAUGAAGCUAUGCUGGAUUAUUAUCAUCAAUUAUUGACGUAUAUCAAAUCAGCUGUUACAAAAAACUAUUCGGAAAAGUCAAUAAAUUCAAUUUUGGAUUAUAUUUCGACUUCGAAGCAAAUGGAUUUACUUCAAGUAUUCUACGAAACAACAUUAAAUGCUCUAAAGUGUAGUGAAGGAAUGGAAAUAAAAUUUAAGGAUGCAAAAAAUGAGCGCCUUUGGUUCAAAACAAAUUCGAAAUUAGGAAAACUCUACUUCGAUAGAAAAGAAUUCGGUAAACUCGAAAAAAUUAUCAAACAGUUGCGCCAAUCAUGCAAAAUAAAAUUGCAGAAUGAAGUAGGCGAAGAUGAUCAGAAAAAGGGAACACAGUUGCUCGAAAUAUAUGCUCUUGAAAUUCAGAUGUACACUGAACAGAAAAAUAAUAAAGCUUUAAAAGCUGUUUAUGAGCAAAGUUUGCGGGUGAAAAGUGCGAUUCCACAUCCUCUCAUUAUGGGAGUUAUUCGAGAAUGCGGUGGAAAAAUGCAUUUGCGUGAAGGCCAUUUUGACGAAGCACAUACGGAUUUUUUCGAAGCUUUUAAAAAUUACGAUGAAAGUGGUUCAGAAAGGCGAAGCAAUUGCUUGAAAUAUCUUGUUUUAUCGACAAUGCUUGUCAAAUCCGUUAUCAAUCCUUUUGAUAGUCAAGAGGCGAAACCAUUCCGUAAUGAUCCAGAGAUAGUCGCAAUGAAUCGCCUUGUAAGCGCUUAUCAAAAUAGUGAUAUUCAUGAAUUUGAAGAAAUUUUGGAAAGCAAUCGUGAAUCGAUUAUGGCUGAUCCUUUUAUACGUGAGCAUAUUGAGGAAUUAUUAGCAAAUAUUCGCUCAAAGGUAUUGUUAAGUUUAACGAAACCAUUUACUCGCGUGAGAUUAAGUUAUCUGGCCCAAAAACUUCAUAUAAAUAUCGAUGAACUAGUUAAAUUACUUGUUGAACUGAUCCUUGAUGGAACAUUAAACUGCAAAAUCGAUGAAAUAAAUGGAAUACUUAUUGCAAAUUCAGCCGAUGAUGAAAGGUAUGAGGCAUUAGAAGCAUGCGUCCAAAACUUGCAAAUGCUUGGCAUUUCAAUUGUUGAUCGAUGUGUCUAA